AUAGCCAAGAAAAUAUUGAGUUGUUAAGGUUUUAAUAGUAGAUAUACUGUAAUUACGCAAAUGAUUUUGUAUGUUAGAAUAUUUUUAUAAGUUAACUGUUUGAAUCUAGUUUUAAGAUGGCUUCUCAAGAACGGUUGCAAAAAUCCUUAGAGGUUUUGAAAAUUUUGUCUCAAAAUCAGCCUCCUGACCAAUCUAGAAAAAAAGACAAAAUUCAUCAUUGUUAUGUAGUCUCAGAAGCCUUUUCAAAUCCUACAAUUAAAGUUUCAACUAAUUUGCCAGUACUUCUUGAAGUCACAAUUGAGACGUUUUUGAAGUUAUGCGACGAUAGUGAUGCUGAUAUUCGAAUGACUAGUGAAGAAUGCCUUAAUAGAAUAAUCAGGGUCAUGAGCGAUGGUCACACGGGUAAAAUACAAAUAGAACUACACAAAGAAAUAAAGAAAAAUGGAUCGCAAAGAUCGCUUAGAGCAGCCCUAACCCGUUUUUCACAUUUGGCACAUCACAUAAGGCCUCAUAAGGGCAAGCCCUAUGUGGUGAAUCUUUUCCCUGCUCUGAUUAAAAUAGCAGAUAGAACUGAAGAAGGAGUACAUGAAACCCUAGCUGCAUGCCUUCCCAAGAUAUUAAAAGUAUUGGGAACAUUUGCCUCUGAUAAUGAGAUUAGGAUUCUUCUAAAAGCAUUUCUUAGUAAUGUUGUGAAACCUUCGCCUACAAUGCGAAGAACAUCUGCUAGUUGCAUACAGACAAUAUGUGUGAAUUCUCGGAGGCCUUAUUAUUUUUUGACCUAUUGUUUAAAUUGUAUCUUAGAUUUAGUAAUACCAGUGGAUAGUAACGAAAAUAGCAGUUUAAUACUAGGAGUAUUUCAUUGCUUAAAAGUGUUAUUACCCUCAGUAAAAAACAUUGUAAAUACCAACGAAGGCUUAGGCCACUCCAAAGAUGUCGAUGUUUAUCCUAUUCCGGUAAACAAAUUAUUACAGAUUUUUGAGCUUUGUCAUUACUAUUUAACAAGUAGCGACCAUAAUGUAAUAAAUGCAUCAUUGGAUACUUUAAAUACUUUACUUCUAAAUGCUACUGAAGAACUUACUAAAACUUUACAAAGUCCAAAUGGAAUUGAUCGCUGCAGAAUAUUAAAAAGUUUUUCAAUAAACAAUAUGCGAUCUUUAAGUGAACUAAGUGUAUCAACUAAUAUUACCUCAGCUGAAGAAACGUCUAUUGCAGAAUGUGAAUUGACAGAAACUAUCGACAGUAAUAUUGUUAACUGGAUAGGGGAGUCAAAGUUGUCAGUUGUAAGUGACAAUAAUUCGAAAGUGAAUUUAGAUAAAAAAGACUCGAGAGGCGAUAGUAUUGAUAUCAAAAAUAGGACUGAAGAAUAUUAUGAAACUCAUUUGAAAUUACCUGAAUUUUAUAAUAUGGUUGGUGGAAGUUUAAGUGUAAAUAAUAAUCUGGAUAAUCUUAGUGAUAGGUUAUCAGAAGGAAGCACUGCAGGCAGUGAAGAGAAAUUAUUGGAUGCAGAAGAAGGGUUUAUGGACAUCGAUGUCGGCGAUUACCUAGAUAAAUCUGUCCCCCUUCUUUACUGCACGAGGCUUCUAUCAAAGCUAUUUCUCCUUUCAGGAAUUCCGAACAAAUACAUCAGCGAUAAAACCGUCAGGGUAUCAGUCAAAUCUUCAGCCUUGACUUGUCUGUCUUCAAUCUUCAAAUUAUAUCCUUAUGGUUUUUUUACUUAUUUAGACAAAAACUAUUCACCAAAUAAUAGCCGCGUCAGCUCCCAGAGAAUAACUGACCUUAUGGUCCUGGCUGACCACCCAGAUCCACAAUUGAGAGGCAUAGCAAGAUGUGUAGCUUCGGACGUGGUGGUGGCAAUAUUGAAGAAAACGCAUUUAAAUUUUCAUUUAUGGGCUACUGUUUUAGAGGAGCAUGGUAAAAAAAUAAUGAAGCAGAAUAUGUUUGUGCCAUACGACAUUGACUUUUUUGUUAGAAUUUGGCUAACGGGUCUGGAAGAUGAAAAUUCAAAUUGCCUUAGAAAAACGAUUCUAGCUCUUAAACCAGUUUUAGGAAUUUUAUGUGAAUCUUCAAUGUGCACUAAGAUUGAGCCGAUUUUAAAAAUUACUCUCACGAGAUGUGUUAAUCCUUAUUGGCUGGUCAAGGUUGCCUUGUGUGAACUCGUAUGUGAACUGCCAUAUAUUACCAUAAAUCACUUAUGGGGUAGCGUAUUUCAACAGCAAAUUACCUAUAAUGUUUUGUUGGAGUUUUUAAAAGAUACCGACCAAAGAAUUAGAAGUGCUUCCAGUAGUGCAAUUUUAGCUAUAAUACCACAUUUACACUGCGAAACAUUCCAUUCAAAAGAAAGCCAUCAAACUACAAAAGGAAUUUUAUUGUCCAAAAAAUACAUUUCUGGUAUCUAUGAUGACAAAAAUGAAAAAGAUCUUUGUUGGACUCAUUUUGUAGAAAAUAUGCCUUUUCCCUAUUCUCAAAUAUCGGUACCAGUGUGUAAAAAAAUUGACUAUAUGUUGUCCAAAAUUAUUACGAACCUGUACUACAGUUUAUUAGAAAGCAACUCUAAGUUUUUUAUUUUUGGUUGUAUUGAGGCCCUCUCAGAAUUAUCUACAAAAUACCCAUGCACUGUAUAUAAAUUAGCUUGGGGCAUUGCAGAACACAAAACAGAUACAAUCCAAAUUGGUAGCAGCAAAGAUUUGUUAGGCCUGUGCAUUAGUCUAUUGAACAGCUCCGUCCAUGUUUAUGACAUUUUAUUUUUGGCUAAUCUCUCUAAUUUAACGUUAAAUCUAUAUUCGGGUUAUGCAAUGGUUUCAGUCAAACCAAUUGAUGUGACAGAUAGGUCCAGCGUCCCCUGGUUAAUGUUUCCCUCCAAUGAAGCUCUGAAAUCGCUUUCCGAAAAAUAUCUUUUACAUGCAAUGAGACUCUUAAACAUUUUUCAUCACGUCAUUAACGAUUUGAUGCCAACCCCUCCACAAAGUAAAACGGUUUUGCCACAUUUGCCAACGACCGGUACUUUAUCGCCAAUAAAAAGGCGAAAAAGUGACGAGAAAAAAUUACCCUUAAGUGGAGGCAAAGUUUUACCUGAUAAAGAUGAGAAACUUGAGAAAAAGGAAGUAAAAAUUACGAAUUUUGGUUGUUUUGCUUCGUCGCAACAUUAUAUGAAAAUUUUCGAAACUUUAAGAAGCGCUUUUGUUAAUUAUAAGAUAUCGCUUGAGGCAUCUUCGUCAGAAACCUUUUUAGAAUCGCUUCGGAAAGCUAUUCACACGUUAUGUGUAAUAUUAGAAGUAGGCACUAUUAACGAAUUUAGUAGAAUAGCCGAAGAAAUUCUAAGUUACCUAAAGACAACGUUUCCGCUGGAUAGGACAGUUACACUUCAAUGUGUACAACAGCUUUUAAAAUGUUUAUUUGGGACAAAUUUGAUAGUAAAUUUGGGACAUAUAUUUGAGGAGCCCGAAAAACACCAAGAGGACCAAAAUUCCAGUUUUUACCACAACCUAUUUCAAAAACCUUACGAAGAUAUGUCUGCCUGCAUCAAAGCUCUCAACUCGAUUAACAAGAUAGAAUGUGAUAGAGAUAGAACCAUUAUGGGUUAUUUGCACCGAAGAGAUGUUAAGAAAAACCCCGUCAUUAGCAGGACCUCGGAUAAAACUUUGGCCAGUUAUAUUCGGAUAUUUGAGUCUAUGGUUAUUAAUUCUUUAGAGCAAUACACGGUUACUAGUGAUGUACUAUUUCAAAGCCAUGUGUUAAAACUGCUCUGUCAGUUGGUCCAACUGCGAGUAAAUUAUUGCCUUUUAGAUUCUAAGCAGGUGUUUAAAGAUUUCGUUUUGAAGCAGUUUGAAUAUAUUGAAGAAGGAUUUGUUCCGCAUUCCGAUAAACUCAUACCCAAAAUUUUCCAGUUUUUGGUUCAGUUAUCCUAUUCAAAACAGCAUAGCAAAAUGAUAAUAGAUGUACCGAAAAUUAUUCAACUCUGCGAUGGUCUAAUGGCUAGUGGACAAGAUCCACAGACACACUGUAUACCAGCGUUGAAGCCUAUCGUUGAAGAUAUUUUUUUGCUGAGAAAUCGUACCAAUGCGACGGACGUGAAAGAAUUAGAAACUACAAGAGAAGUAAUACUUUCAAUGCUUUUGCGGUUAUUGGAAUACAAAGAAGUAAUAGACCUCGUAACGUUAGUACUGGAAGAUAGCAAGUAUUGCACCGACGACACGGACAAAUGGCUGCGAUGGUCUGGCCAAGUUGCAAAUAUUUUUCUGCAUAUGUUGAAGUUAAACAAGAUAAGAAUUGACGAUAGAAACUCAUUUGUGUCACUAAGGAAAUUUAUUUUUGCAUUAAAUCCAAACGUGUUUAAGCCGUUAGAUGAUGUGGUUAUUAUGAUUUUCCGGGAAGCACCUACUUCUAGUGAAGAUUGUACUAUUUUCUGCCGAUGGCUUUCCAAAUUAAUUCUUCUAUUUCUAAUAAUCUCGCCGCUAAAAGAGGAGGAACUCUUAUCAAAAAUUAACGUUCUUAAAUGUGAGUUCAGCCCCGGAAGUAUAUUUGAACACGUUAUAGCAACAGCAGAUCCACUGAAUGUGUAUAACAACGCUGAUACAUUUGAAAAUUUGUCUUCCGAAACCAUUAUUGCGAGAUUGAUUCUGAGAGUUGUUUCAAUAAUUUCUACAAAAAUUAUGGAGUCCAGUGAUACUAACGAGGAAUUUUUAGUAAAUCAAUUUAGUAGUUUUUUGUUGUUCUGGUCUUACAUGUUUCAGUCAGGAGGAUUAUGCAAAGUUUCUCAGGCAACAUCAUUACUACUUCAUCACCCUGAUAUUAAUUUACAUAAAAUUAACAACAACUUUAUGAGAAUUAGGACAAUUUAUCCCACAGUUGUAAAUGAGUGGUCUCAUAUACUAAGUAUUUUAAACUACAAUAAAAUAGGUUGGUGGGAUAAUGUAGCUUGUGGAGAAAAGACUUCUAUUAAUAAAACUAUCGUAAUGACGGGAAGCGUAAUAGUAUUAUGUGAUUAUUUGAGCGAAAAUCUAACAGAAUCCGAGCAGCUCUCUUGGAUACUACUAAACCAUUCAGAAACACUAAUAAAUUUAAUUGAGGAAGCACCAGUAUCAGAAUUUAUUUCCUUCGUCCACAGAAAUGCCGAUUUGAGUAAAAUGUUUAUCAGCAGUGUUUCGCAGCAAUGCCUACACAUAACCGACGCCGUUUUUAAAAUGAAAAUUUUAGACUCGAUUGAAAACUGCCAUAUAUCUCAAACCGGUGCUGUCAUAAAAUUAUUAAUUCCAAGAAUGUUGUGCAGUCGCCAAAUGGCAGUAUCCCGCUCAGCUGCUCAUUUGGCGAGUAGGAAAAUUGAGUUUUUGUCCACUAUGACGAGCGAAGAGGUCCUAAAGCAGUUGUCGAAAGAAGAUUUGUUUAUCAUAAAGGAAGAGUUAAACAUUAAGAAUUUUUCAAAGAAGUACGAAACGCUAAUUAGUCUUCUAAACAAACUGUUAGUAAGGUACUACGAUAUGAGUCCCUUAGACUUUAGCCAGACGCGUUUAAUAAAGCCAGAAUAUAUAAGAAAAUUGGAUAUAAACCGAAAAUGGCUUUUGUCUCAAAUCCAGGGAAAAUACCAGGACGGAAUGCUGAGGCAGGAAACCUCAACGAUUAUGACGAAACUAGAAUACAUUGAAUUAGCUAGUUUCAUGUCAAGCACCGAUUUUAAUAAAAUUAUAUUUAGAGACUGUAUAGAAAAAGGUGUGAAGUUAAUGAAAGAUAAAGAUUUAAAGCAGGAACCUCCUAUAUUAAAGGCAACUAUUGAUAAUAUUUUAAAAGAUAUUAGCAAGAUCGUUUGCGAACAAUGUGGAAGUUAUGAGGGCUCAACCGCUUCCAUAAAAAUCAAAACCAGAGACCUAAGUAAGCAACUUUAUGAUAACGACACGUUUUCUUACUUACUCGAGCACUUAUGUUAUUCAUUAUCAGCGCUCAGUAAACAUCUAUAUGAGCUUCCUACCUUGGAACUGGCAGAAAUAGACUGCGAAAACAUUGCUAAGUUUUCUAUAAUUGCCUUGGAUCAUAUUAAUUUUAUUAUAAAAGCAGAUAAUAGCUACUUAGAUAUAAGUACCCUAGAAAUUUUGCUUGAUUGUGCCAACGAGAUUUUAAAACAGUCUCAGUUUUCUAGCUAUAUUGGUUUGGAUGCCAACGUUUCAUGGCUGUGUGCCGGCGUGAGUGCCCUCUAUCAUUUAAUAGAAUUUUUAUUACGAAACGAUGAACCGUUACCAUCUAUUGAUAGGCAGGUGUUCAAAUUAUCUACAAAAAGUCCCAAUAGUGAAGCUCAGAACGCGUGCCACAAUUUAUAUACCUUGACUUGUUGGUUGUACAAGAAUCAAAACAAAUACGUGAAGAUUCCAAUAUUUUUACUAUGUAGAAUCAAAAGUUUAAUCGUUUCUUUAGCGAGGCUGCCACUGGUAAAUUCAUUUAUUUUUGUACCACACAAGGUUUGGAAAUUGGGUUGGCAUCCUGAUUUAAGUGGAAAGUUUUCUACUCAAGUACCUCAGCUGCCUAUUGACAUGUUGCAAGAAAUCGAUGUUUUGGAAGAAUACAUUUUCAGAGCCACACUGUUAGGUUGGACUACUAGGCAACAAUUCGAAGAAAUGUGGAUGUGCUUCCUCAGUGUCUUGUGCUCCCCACUAGACUCUAAUGACUUAGAUACAGCUGACCUAGCUAGGCGCGCCUCGACUUUAGCUAUAAAAGCUAUUACAGCCCAACUUUUGCAGUCUUUUAGAUACCCCGUACUUGGCAACAAAAACGUAUCUAAAAUUAUGCAUGUAUCUAGAAAUACGCCUAUGUCAGAAACUUCUAUAAGCAUGAGAAAGCUUAAACUGAUUCAAAAUCAUAUAGAAUACAAAUACAAUGAAGAACUAGGCACUUGUGUUUUGGAAGAUAUAAAAAACGUAUUCAACAGUAAAAAUUUUGAAAAAAUAACGGAUCAGUAUUCAUAUGGUCAGGUAUCCGUGAAAUAUCUAUUAGCAUGUACCAGUACCGAUGGCGAAAAUUCUGAUAUUAUGUUUAAAAAGAGGAAUCAACUUUUGGAAGAAAGCGGUUUGGAUAUUAACUCAUGUUUGCAAUUUUUAUUGGAUUAUUAUACACAGAUAAUGAAAUCUCAGUCUACCGUUGUUGAUUUACGAAUUCUUCAUGAAACUGUCAGAUCGACCUUAUAUAUAUCAGAUUUAUUCAAUGACAAAUCCCAGUUUUCUUGGAUGUUGGAUAUAUUUUUAGAUUUAGCAAAGGUUCACGCGGUUGAAGAUGAACUGUUACACCAAUUUCUAAUCGUUGGUAUUUGUAAAGCUGUAGGAGUUUUAACACCGGACCUGGAAGUAUAUGAACAAACCAAAAAACUCUUAGUCCAAUUUUUAAAGAGCCCUUUCCUUCCAACUCGCAUUUCUUCUUUACAUGGUUUGCUUUAUGUUCUAGAAGGAUGUAUUUUAUCAAACAUUGCUAUUGGGGGAAUAUCCGAAGAGUUACAACUAAUUCUGCCAUGCGCUGUUGAAUAUAUUCAAGUCAACUUAAGCAGCAAUCAUCCUGUAUUGAAAAAAUCCCAGGAACACGCCUUGGUUUUGUGGUCUUUAGCCUUUUAUAUUCUAGAAAAUGUCGAUGAACAUCAUGUGGAGAGUAAUUUUGUUGCUAAUACGUUACAACUAGCUCUACAUAAGGUUCAGAAAACAUCGAUGAGUUGCAUUGACAAAUGUAUAUUAAAGGGCCUGGAGAGGUUAUUACUAAUAAGACCAAUGUACACUCUAGAAAAAAUAGGAAAAAGCUUACAAAAGUUGGCAUUAGAGAAGAUGAGAGACGAAAAUCCUUCUAUUUCAAUUUUGGGAUUUCAGUUACUUGUUACUUAUAUGUAUGUUGACUGUUGGGAGCACCUAGAGAAACCCGAGGUAGACAGCGAACAGACCAGCCCAGACCAUUUAGUGCAAACGAUCGAAAAGAUAUCAGCCAUUUUCGAUCGAAUAAAAAAGAGCUACAUAAACGAAGCUGAAGUUCUUUGUUCCGUACUACCUUUAAUUUUAAAGGAUUUUUUCAGCCCGUCCGAUAUCCUCACUAAAGUAAUUGGAGAAUUUUUAUCCUCGCAACAGCCUCACCCAAAAUUAAUGAGUGGUGUAGUUUUUCAGGUUUUUGACAGUGCAAUUCAACUAAACCAACUAUCACUCCUACAAGAUUGGGUGGUUUUCAGCCUUUCCAAUUUUACGCAAUCCUUCUCCAACAUGGCAGUUUGGAGUCUUACGUGCUUUUUCAUUAGUGCGAGUCCGAAUUUGUGGCUAAAAGCAUAUUUUCCUUACGUCCAAAGUAGAGUGGGAAGGUAUGAGUACGAAGACAAAAAAAUAUUUUGUAUAGCAGGGGCCGAUUUUUAUAACAAUCUAACCAGUGAUAACCAAAGGAAAGCGUUUGUUGAUAGUUUUAUGAAAGUUAAGGAUCAUACUGAUAUGCCUUUUUCGGAUUUAUUGAAUUCUUUAUAAUAAUAAAACAAAAAGGCGUUAUUGUUGAUAUUAGAUUGUGGUAAGAGAACAAGUCACGAAUAAUACGAUGAUGUCGCAGAAAAUAUUAAGUAAGGGAAAUGUACCAAUGUUCGGAUAGUUAAGGAGAAAACUCAACUUUAAAAUUCUCUACAAGUGUCAAAAGGUCAUAAUUAGAUUUAAAAUACAAAAAACAAAUUGAAAACACGAAUGUGACCAUGAAAAUGACACGAAUUGACCCAAUAGAUGGACGUAAUAUAUUCUUUAUUUUGUUAAAAUAACUGCAUAAUAAUUACUUUUAUUACAUCAGAGAAUAAAUAAAUAACAUAUAUAUGUAUCUACAAAAAUUAAAAAUAAAAUGUUCUAAAUACAAAAGAAUAUUACAAUUAAGACAUUUAUUUAGGCAUCACACAUCACCGGUAAAAACAUUAUUAAUAUGCAUAGCUGAAACCUAAAGUUUUUUAUUUGUGGAACAAGGUAAAAUCCUGUUUUGUUUAAAAUCUUUGGCUCUUUAAUAACUGUUAUUAUAUUUUCUUUUAGCCAUUUCCACUUGGAACUAUUGGCUUUUAUUGCCUUAACUUUAUAUGCAUUUUCUUUUCUUUUGAUCUCUAAGACAGACCCUCGAAAAUAUGCUGCAUUGUAUUUGACUAUUGUCAAUUUGAAUGUCGGCUUUAGUAGCCGUUAAACACUUAGAUGUUGUAUUCUUUUUAUUGGAUGUCAUUAUAUCUAUCUUGAGUAGGGGAAAUUGUUGUACCUUGGGUCUUUUUUGUUUUUUUAUUUUUAUACAUUCUAGAAAUAUAUAUUUAUGAAAUUUAUUCCAUACAUUAGUUAUACUAGCUCUUUGCAUACGUAAUUUGGGUUUUUAAACAUAAUUUUAACUUACCAGUUUUUUGAAAAAGACGUUUUAGCUGGGCCUUAAAAGAUGACCCAAGGUACAAACGAGUAAUGUAGGGGAGAGGGCCCUAAGAUGACGAACUUAAGGUUUGCGGUCCAAUUAAAACUCUAUUUUCUUACCAAUAAAUGUUUUUUUUUUUAAACAGGGCAUAUAAUAUUUAAGUGACUAAUCAAUAUUUGAGUCUGUUUUAAUUGAAAUUUGCACUUUGUGGCUGGUAAUUUAUUUGGGGAAAAAAAUGUAAUUAUCGUCAUCUUACACGCGGUUGCUGACAAGAUGACGAACGUUUGUGGGUAAGUUGACGAAUAUAGUAAAAAGGCAAUAAAACAAUACAUUUAAACAUUUUAACGAUUUAUUUUUAUAAAAUAAACAAAUACUAAAAGCAAGGAAAGUCAAAAAUAUUAAAAAAAUCUAAGGGCGAACACAAAAUUUCAAAUUGUAACUUAAUUUUAAACACGACAAAAAUCGCACACCCACACUUUGGCUUUUGCUUCUUUCAAAUUAAGUCCAGUGCAUUCUGCGUGUGCCCACUUGGUGCAUAUAUUACAACGAAACCAAAGCUCAUUAUGUUUGCCCUCAUCUUCACAAAAAAUGCACAGUCUGUCAUCUUCUUCAACCUCUUCGUCCAUGUCAUCAUUACUAUCCACCACAGCUACAUCUACAGAACUAUCAGAUGACUCAAAUACUUGGCGCUUUACACUUCUGCUUUUAUUUUGUUUAUUUGCUUUACUAUUUUUUUCUUGAACCGAUAUGCUGCUUAUUUUUUUGAUUUUUUUCUUCGGCGGGGCUUUUAUUUGUUGUUUCUUCUCUUUUUCAAGUUUUUCAUUGUGCUUUUGUUCUAAAGCAUCUUUAACGGGCGUGCUAGAAAUUAUAAGUGAUGGUAGCUUUUGGGCAAAGGAGGUAAUCCCGACUCGAUUGUCGGGCUCUGAUGGCAUUUUUUAUCAGAAGUUUCUAAUGGUUUUUCAAUAUUAUCUGCCUCUAUCUGCUCUUUGUUUGGAGUUAUUGACUCUGGCGUGCGCUGAGCACCAGAUGUGGAAGGCACAAGUUCCUCAAUUAAUUUUGGUUCAGCGUCAAUUUCCCUUUCUGUCGUUUGAGCAGUUUCAAAGUCAAUGUCCGUAAAAAUGUCGGAAUCAAACCCUAGCUGUGACCGCGAAUGGGAUAAAUUUGCUGUAUUUUGAAAAAAACCUUCGAUUUUUCAAGAGUUCUUAUUUUGCCCCGCACAAGAAUCAGAGAAAAGACGAAGUGCCUUAGGCUCCCAUUCUCUUUGCUCUUUAAUUAUUUUUUGUUCCAAAAUUUGCAGAUAAUUUAAUAACGCAGAAGCUACUUCGUUAGCUCCUUUUCCAGCUUGUGUCUCUAGUCAUGUGUACAGCGAUACUUUAUUUUUAUCUAUUUGAGUGUUAUUAGUCAUAAUGCAGAGAUUAUAAAGCCACACUUGCCUUAAGUAAAAAACCUCUCCUUGGAUGGAGAGUUUUGGUAUGGGUUGGUUUUGCUGCAUAUCAAAAGUGAUGUCAAUUUCAUUUUCAUUUUUUUGUUUCAUUACCUCAAAGAAUCUUUUUGCAUUUGGUUUUUUUUGGGUUCUAAUAUCAUUUCUCUUUUCCAAAUCUUUUUCCACUUUCACUUUAAUCAAUAGUUCCUUGCAAGUUGAACAAGUGUCACUGUGGGGAGAGCCAAAUCCCAGAUUAAAUUGCCCAUAGAAAACUUUUUUAAAUUUACUCAUGGAGCAUAUUUUUUUUUUUUUUUAGUAUAUUGCUCCUUACAGAAACGUUCGUAUAUUUUGGACAAAUUUAACUCAGGUGGCAGGUAAGCUCGGGUGCAUUUCUUGCGACUAUAAUGACUAUCCCUACACUUAUAUUUUUUUAUGUGAUUAAUGACAUCUGCAGUCACCUUCCUUCCAUCUUCUUUGGUUGUGUUACCCCCUCUUUGUUCUUUGGGUGUUUGGCCAGUUUCCAAAAACAGACGAGCUAUUCGUGCAAGCCGGUCCCUCGAUACACCUAAAUGAAAUAAAACGUUAUUAAAUACAGUUAUUGUUGCGUGGAUAGAAAGGAUAGUACCUGUAAUCGACUGAAACGAUUUUGCACAAAUCUGCAGUGGUUCAUUACUACUCGUUUUUCUGAUUUCGUACCUAACGGAUAAAUUUUUGGGACAUCGUGCGGUAUCAGGAUUAACACGGUGCCGCUUUGGUGCACUAACCUUCAUAUACUUGAGCAAAAAUGCAUCCUGCGAUUGUUUGGUGCUAUUUAGAUACAAAAGCUUCCGAAAACCUAAAAAAAAAUAAAACUAAAAUAAGGCACUACUUUACAUAUAGAAUAAAAACAAAGUAGCUUCCAAAUCUUCGAGUGUCAGCAUUGCUACUGAACAGUAGUGCUUCCUAUUUAACUGCUCAGCAUGUGAGCACACAAUAUGCAAUACUCCCGCGUUCGCUUCCGUGUAUCGAGUUGAUUUUUUCCGCGGAAUUUUUGGUUUGCGUCCUCCAGGCACUUCUACGACAUUCGUUAAAUAUUCAGACAUUUUUAAACUGCGUAACACAUGUGCAUCGGCUUGCUACUUAUACCAAACUAAGAUCAAAAUAAACGAUUAUUAAACGAACCACGAAAUGUAAAUAUAUAAUGCAUCAAGUUCUAUUUAUGUAUAUAUUUACCAAUAUGUACCGGAUAAAGCGAGUUUUGAUAUAUCCUAUGGUUGGGAUUAAGCGAGUUUUGCAAAAACCGACUUCUUCAAUCGACUUCUCAAUUUUGCACAAUUUGGACAAAGCGAGUUUUGAAAAAACGGUCCUCUCUUACUUCAAACCCCUUCCGAAUGUUGGAUGUAGUAAAUGCUUUUGGAAAUGCCUGCAAGCUCAGCUACAUCAUAAAUCAUAAUGGUUUGUCCAGGAUGCAUAAUCAUCCACUCUAUAGGGGUGUAACGUAAUCGGAAUAAUGUCAUUUUCUUUGCAAAAAUUAAUAGCUGGGACAUUCACAUGGCUAUCGUGAUUGUCUAAGACUAGGAUAACUGGAUCUUUAAUUGAUGGUUUCACAUGAUUCUUGAAGUGAUUUAAAUACUGCAAAAACAAUGUUUCGUUUGACCAACCGGACGGAUUUGCACCUCCUAUGGUUCCAAAUGGACAACACUUCAGCAUAUGGGACUUACAAUUUACUUUUGGAAAUAUCAUCAUUGGCGGGAUGUGAUUGCCAAUUGCAUUUAUUGAGGCUAUAAGUGUAACGUUUUGUUCUCGUUCUGCACAGGUUCUGGUGUGAAAUUGCCGCGAGAUAGGCCUUCUUUGUAAUUCCUAAUGAAGGUAUUGUUUUAUUAAAGGACGUUGAUCGGGCCAAACUCGUCUCUCGCCUUCCGAAGAGACAAAUCUGCAUGUCUUUUAAGGAACUGCCUUAGCCAUUCCUUUCCAGCUAUCUUAUUUUGGUCCCAAGAAGGCGGAUGUAAAUUAUUAUUUGCAAUUGCAUACUGGUAUGCUAAGGUACGAACAUCCAUUUUAGUCAACCCAUAAUGCAGGCGUGCAGCAGUGAGAAGAUAGGUUUUUAACUCAACCAACUUCUUUUCUAUUAAAAAGCUGUUUCACAUUAUUGGCAGCAACAUAUAAAAAUUCUGCAGCUCCCGAAUUUCUGAAGGAUUGUACGUGUCUGAUAAGCGUAGUUUUGGAUAUGUUAUAGCAUCUUGCCGCUUCCCUAAUUGAUAACUCCCUACUUAUACAUUUAUUAGCUGCUGCAAUUAUAUUCUGCGAGUUUAUAUCUGAAAUAAGAGAAAGUCUUUUAAGAUAUACCUAUAUAAUUAAAAUAAAAGUAAAAAUUGUAUUAUUUUCAAUAAGAUUGUGCUUUGUAAGAUUCCAUCUAAAAUAGCACCGUUCACCAAAAUCGUCCACUAAAAAUUUUCUGUCUAAGUAAUCCAUAAAAUACUACUUCUAAGUAAUAUUAAGACUUACACAAAUAUAUUUUUAAAAAUUUACCUGAAAUACUCACUCCAACGAGGGUACAGAAGGCAAAAUUUGACCAGCUAAAAAUUCUCUUAAUUUUUAAUCGUUUUUCAAGACACCAUCACGGUACAUCAAACAACCCGUCCAGACUCACCACGUGCACUAGUCAACUGCCGCAAGGUUAUUAUUGAAAGAUGUAAAACCGUUGCCGCGCAAUCGCAUCAUGAGUAAGCAUGGUUGCCAGAUUUAAAAUAAAAAAGCAAUUUCCAAAAUAAUCCCUUAUUUCUAUAAUGGCUCCGUUUUACCGUACAUAAUUUGUUAUUGAUUGACUCUCUUGAAGUUAUUUAAUGUAGCUGCAUAUUUGUUAUCUUAGUUAUUACUCUUAAACUGCUUACUUAACCUCCUAAGAUAAGUGACUACAAAAAUAUUAUUUUUCUACUUAUAAAAAAAACUUUAAGAAUUUGUCCCUCUUAGAAAAUUCUAAAUUUCAAUUUCAAAAUUUGUUUUAAAAUAUGAAAGAAAAAUUUGCAUCAACUAACUAAAUAAAUAAUUAUUAAAAGAAAGAAUUAGAAAUUAUUUAAGUUUUAUAGUUGUUAUCAAGGCUAAUAUUGUAAAUGUAUGUAUUGUAACUAUCAUCUCUAAUUAUCGAUUAUACGCCUCUAUGCGGUUUUAAUAAAAAUGGUUGUGAUAUUUUGUUUUUCGUAGUUAAGAAAAUAAUGUAAAUCGCAUUUAUAUAAUUUAAAAAUAAUUUGUAAAUAAUGCAGAAUA